CUCUCAUUUACAUACUUUUCUUGCUUCACAAAUACUUUUGGCUUCUUUCUCGGGUAGACAUGGCGCUAAGUGGUAAACUUAGUAUUGAAGUUACGGUCCAAACACCAGCUGCAAAGUACUUUGACCUCUUUAUAACUCAAUCCCACAAGUUUCAAAACAUUUGUGAAAGAAUCCUUGAAGCCAACUUGCAUGAAGGUGAUAACUGGCAUGUCCCUCAUUCGGUUAAGAAUUGGACUCUUCUCGUAGAUGGCAAGCCAAUUAAGUUUAAGGGGAAAAUUGAAGCUAUUGACAAGGAGAACAAGUCAAUUAGAUACAACCUUUUCGAUGGAGAUAUAAGUAAGAACUAUAAAGUCUUUAAGUUGUUUCUUCAAGUGUUUGAGAAGAGUGAUGGUGGUGCCUCAGCUAAAUUCACUAUUGAAUACGAGAAAAUCAAUGAGAAUGUUGAAGCUCCAUAUGGAUUCAUGGAGUUAUUUGACAAGAAUGCUAAAGAAUUUGAUUCUCAUCUUCUCAAGGCAUAGAUAGAUAGCUCCAUCCAACAGCUAUAUAUUUAUGAAGAAUCUCAAAAACUUGUAAAAUAAUAUAUUGGUUUAUAUUAUUUGUGUGCCAAUGAUUUCUCUCUCAGUGUGUUGUGUGGUUGUGUAAUAUAUA